CCUGGGCUGGUGGGUUGUAUCACUUCUGUAGAGUUGGCCACCACAUGAAUGUAUAAUGUGUGACUGCAAACGAGUACUUGUGAUUGUGGUGAACUUUUUAUUAUGUAGCGUAUCUCUGGCCGGCAUCGGACUGCUGGUGUUCCAGAGUCACGAGCAAGGGCUGCUCACGCAAGACGAGCUCAAGAGCGGUGCGCUGAACGUGCCGCUGGCCCUAGGCUGUGUGCUGGCCAUCGCUGCAAUCACUGCAAUCUUGGGCAUCAUCGGCAUCGCAAAAAGAUUCAGCGGAUUGCUCCUCACCCAAAGCGUGGUGCUGCACCUGCUCGCGAUGGCAGAGUUGGCGCUCUGCGGCUACCACUUUGGCUACGUCAAUGGCAGGAAGUCUAUACUAGGGAGAGUUGAGGACGUCCUAUUGGCCGCACAAACACUCUGGUCCAUCGAUUUGACCAAGGAAUUAUCCAGCUCGACGACGUCAUUGGUGACUGUGAUAGUCCUACAAAUUGUACUUCAGGAAAUGGGUAUCAUUUUGGCUUUGGUCGCCAGUCGUUGGGAGUACUUUGACGGAUCAAUGAUGAUACCUGAUUUUCGGAAUGACUCCUACAAGCCUGUCAAGAAGUCGGAAUCACAUCGAAAUGAAGCCCACACGACCGUCCACAGAUCUUUAUCUUGAACAAUCACAACCUUGACCACCUAAAGAAAGACUUGCCAGAAUUCAAUAUCCCUCCGACUUUGUAAAUAAAUUCGAUGACAUUUACUAUGAGUAGCAGUCGCUUGAUUAAGACUUUCUUCUAAUUCUAAGUUUUGAAAAAAUUCUAAGUCCUCUUUUAAUGCGCUGGUGAGAAUUAAUGUUGCAAGCGCACAGCGCUACGUGCGUGAGUCGCGAUUUCUUUUGUAGCAUAUAGCUGUGUUCUUUUGUAGCAUAUGUAGCUGUGAUUUCUGUUUAUGGUUAACGACGAAAUUAUUCGUACAACCCUUUCUUUUCAAUGUUUUCCCGAAUAACUCGAAAAUUAAUGAGUAUAUGAGCCUAAGAUUUAAUCGAACUAAGGAAAAUAUAAUAGGAAAAAUAACACUCCAUUUUCAGAACCAAAUAAAAUUUCAAAACGUUUUAACAUGCAGCAAUUCCGAAUACCUUCAGGCACAAUUAUUCGUAUAGUUAGAAAAUACUAACACAGUUGAAAUAUUAAUAGUCAAUGGCAUGUUCUGUCAUAUUGAUAACCUACAGCAUUCUAUAGGCGCGAAAGCCACUGCUAUCGUUUGACCGUAAAUAAGGCACUGCCCAAUCGCUUGUAUAGCUCAUUGCACAACCCUUUAUGUGCAUUUGUAAUGUACAUAUUAUUAUAAUUUUAUAUGUGUUGCCCAAUACUCCAUACAGGUCCCACAAUAACUCCGCUCUGCACGAUCGGGAGAAAACUCAUAAUCUAUCAAAAUUCGUAUGAAGAUUCCCCCUUGAUAUCAUCUCGCAAUGGCUGGUCAAGGAUGGGUCAAACGGUGAUGAAAAACCAGCUUCAGAAUUU